AUGCUUUCAUCGCACUCUUUGCAGUCGUCGCCGGCAACCAGUACAUCUGUUUUGGCCUCAGAUGCUGCCUCUGGAAUACACCAUGACGGCCUAGGAAACCACCAGACGGAUGGGGCUUGUUAUUCGGCGCUGGAGAACCGUCUGCGUUCCCGAUCUAUCCAGUUCAACACCUCGCGGACGGAUGCGGCGCUGCGGGAACGAUCAACAGCCAGCUCAAGGAAGAGCAGCUUGAGGAGACUACCAUCUCCACCACCUCCAAGCUCCUAUAACCGUGGAGUCUCCUUUGAUACCUUCGACAAUCGAGAUGCUACCGAAUUCUCGUUGACGUUGAACUACAAACACAAAGAUUACAGGAACACGCGCCGCAGCCGGACCUUUCUUUGUGGAACCGACCAGAAUGAUUAUUCCGAUUUUGCUCUGGAGUGGCUUAUAGACGAGCUGGUAGACGAUGGAGACGAGGUUGUUUGUCUACGGGUCGUGGACAAGGAUUCCAAGAUUGCAAGUGAUUCCGGCGUUGAAGAAGGCCGAUAUAGACAAGAGGCAGAGAAGUUACUUUCACAAGUCAUUGCAAAGAAUAAACAGGAUGAGAAGGCCAUAAGUUUGGUCAUGGAACUAGCAGUUGGUAAAGUUCAGGAGAUCAUCCAACGGAUGAUUCAGAUAUACGAGCCUGCUGUCCUUAUUGUCGGCACCCGAGGCCGUAGCCUUAAGGGAAUGCAGGGUCUACUACCAGGCUCUGUCUCGAAAUACUGUCUCCAGCAAUCUCCUAUUCCCGUCAUUGUUGUUAGGCCAUCGAGUAAGCGGGAAAAGAAGAAACAAAAACGACUGGCUGCUGAUCCCGCCAGAAAAAGCUACAGUCAAUACCUGAAGAUGAGUGAGGCCCGAGGGGGCUUGGGCAUUGAUAGUUCUCCCAGCGGGAACAGCAGCACUUCUAAGCUUCCUGGAGAAGGGGAAGAUGCAGGCGCCCCUUCAACGGUAGCCAACACCAUCAUAGCUUCCUCCACCAAUGGAGACACCGAUGAGAAUGGCCAUGAUCUCCAGUCAUCUGUGCCAAAGCACUCCUCUGGUUAUGCUGGUAAUGAUGAUGAUGGCGGUGGUGAUGAUGUAGCCGGAAUCAGAAGAGAUUCCACUGCCACCGACGCCGAAUCACCUCUAAAGAGCCCCUCUUGUCCUGUCAUGGAAAGCCCUAACCUGAGCGGUAAUGAAGAUGAGGAUGAUGUGGAAGAUGACGACGAUGAUAAUGACGCUGGUGAAGGCGAUAUUAGCUAUACGGAUACAAGUGCUGCAACCUCAAUCGCAGAUACAACGUCCAGGGGUGAUUCAGCCGGGGAGGAGACAUCCGCCAUCCUGUGUGGCGAUAUGUCAACAGACAUACAGAACAAAGAUCCCGUGGAGAAUGACAACAGCACUGCGAAAGAGGCCCAGGAUGGUGUUAGGAACAUCGAAUUGCCUAAUUACGAUGCUGCAAAUGCCAACUUGACUGAGGACGCUAGCAGGGCUUCUGUCCUUGACCAUGCUGCACCACAAGUUGAUAAAUCUUCGGUACCAGGAGCAUGA